AUGGUAGGUAAUGACAUCUCCAUGGCAACUGGUGAUUGGAAGGAUCUGAGGUUGACAAUGAAACUGACAGUUCAGAACAGACAGCCCCAAAUUGAAAAGCUACCUUCUGCCUCUGCCCUGAUUAUCAAAGCCCUCAAGAAACUGCCAAGAGACAGAAAGAAGCAGGAAAACAUUAAGUACAGUGGAAAUAACACUGUUGAUGAGAUUGUCAACACUGCCCAAAAGAGGCAGCACCAAUCUUUAGCCAGAAAACUCUCUGGAACCAUUAAGGAGAUUCUGGGGACUCACCAGUCUGUGGCUGCAAUGUGGAUGGCCGUCACCCUCAUGAUAUGA